GGAAGUUCACGUACACCGUGAGAGGGCAAGAAAGGACGAGCGGUGCGGGGAGGAAGAGCGAAACGGAGAAACUGAGGGCAGUAUGCUGUUCCACGGCGGCGGCGGCGGCGGCGUCGGCGGCGUUGGUAGAGGUGCGGCGGCGGCAUGCCGGAUUCUGGUGCGGUGUUUCUCUCGGAAGCGCAGCCCGGAUCUUCGGAGGAUAAACCCCAAGGUGCCCAGGGAGGAGGCCAAGACCAUCUCUAAAGGCCUCUACGAUAUCCUCAAGGACCAUGGCCCCCUCACUGUCUCCAACACUUGGGACUACGCGAAGGAAGCUGGCAUUGAUGGCCUGAAUAGCAAAACCCAUAUGAAGAUCUUGCUAAAAUGGAUGACAGGACGAAAGGUGCUCAAACUGUCAUGUAAUCACAUUGGUUCAGCCAAAAAGUUCCAUUAUUCAAUUCUGCCUGAGGAACUGCGGUCUGCUGAACAAAUAAGUUCUCCGUUGCCGGUAUCUGAGAGCACAAAGCCUUCGAUGCAGGGAAAAAAGCUGGCUAAAAAGGCCAACCGAAAAUCAAGGUGAAGCUUUAUGCUGAGUGCUACUAGUUUGGAUGGUCAACUAUUACUAGCUUUCAUUUUGUAUUGGUAUCUCACAACCAGGAAAAACCUAAGUUCUUGUUUGUGAUGUGUGUGGUAAUUCUUAUGUCAACUGACAAUAUAUUGUUUGUCAUGGUUGCCCUUUAAAUAUUAACUGCGAGGCUAUUUUAAUGAUAGAAUGAAAUCCAUUUAAUCUUUUUAUGAA